AUGCUGGUUGGGACGAUAUUGCGCGCAGCUAUUGGCUAAUGAAGGUGUCAAUCGUUAUGAAUGCCCAGCCUUAACGGUGGUAGCAUGUUCACUCCUGCUGUAAACUUGGGAACUGCCUGAGAAUCUCUACAACCGGUUGCAGACUCCUUGAUCCCCCCCCCAUCCUUGCUACUGAUCUCAGCACCACCAUCAUGUGUAACAAGACAUCAGUAGGAGAGAACCAACUCCAGAGGAUUAUCAGAGAUCUACACGAAGCAGUGACUGAGCUGAGUAUGGAACACAGAGAGACGGGUGAACCAAUCACAGACGACAGCCCCAAUCUGCAUAAACUGUGCUACAAACUAGAGUACCUGCUACAGUUUGACCAGAAGGAGAAGGCAGAUUUCCUAGGCAGCAGGAAGGAGUACUGGGAUUACUUCAGAGAGUGUCUUGCCAAGACCAGAGGAGUUAAUGACGGCCUGCGGUUUGUCAAGGCUAUACCAGAGUUAAAGACGUCCCUGGGUAAAGGUAGAGCGUUUCUCCGUUAUUCUCUGGUCCAUCAGCGUCUGGCUGAUACGCUACAACAGUGUCUACUCAACCACAAGGUUACCAGUGAGUGGUACUUUGCUCGCAGUCCCUUCCUGAAGUCUCACCUCAGCAGUGACAUCAUCAGUCACCUGUAUGUUCUCAACGAGGUCCAGUUUGACGUGGCAUCCAGAGGUCACGACCUCGAUGCUGAUUGGCCCACAUUCGCCAGGAGGACUCUGGGGUCUAACUCCGCCCACCUCUGGAAACCUCCCAGUCGCUGUUCCAGUGUCAACAGCCUGGUCAACUACUCAGGGUUGCAGGAGUUCAAAGCUCAAGAAUACGGUUCCAGUUUGCUGGCUGACCUGGGGGAGGAGUUAGGGCAGCUGGGGGAGGAGCUACUUGGAGUCUCCACACCCUGCACUGCCGCAGACGACCUACGCAUCCUGGUUGACCAUUCAGAGCGCAGACAGAAGGAGGUGCUGCACCAAUCAGAGGCGAGACAGGCUAAAUUGCUACAGCGAAUCAGAGAGCUAGACCAGGAGGCAGAGGGGCUGAGGAACGAGGUCAGAGAGCUGCAGAGGAAGCUAUUUGCUCACAACCAGGAAGCUGUGACAGCCAGCCUCAGCAACAUGGAUCUGUUGUCUAAACUAGACAGCCAGGAGAAGGAGAGGGACUCAAAGCUACAACAGACCCAGGUUCUGCAGGAGAAGGAGAGGGACUCAAAGCUACAACAGACCCAGGUUCUGCAGGAGGGAGAGGAGAGGGACUCAAUGCUACAACAGACCCAGGUUCUGCAGGAGAAGGAGAGGGACUCAGCGCUACAACAGACCCAGGUUCUGCAGGAGAAGGAGAGGGACUCAGCGCUACAACAGACCCAGGUUCUGCAGGAGGGAGAGGAGAGGGACUCAAUGCUACAACAGACCCAGGUUCUGCAGGAGAAGGAGAGGGACUCAGCGCUACAACAGACCCAGGUUCUGCAGGAGAAGGAGAGGGACUCAGCGCUACAACAGACCCAGGUUCUGCAGGAGAAGGAGAGGGACUCAGCGCUACAACAGACCCAGGUUCUGCAGGAGGGAGAGGAGAGGGACGCAGCGCUACAACAGACCCAGGUUCUGCAGGAGGGAGAGGAGAGGGACGCAGCGCUACAACAGACCCAGGUUCUGCAGGAGGAGGAGAGGGAGGUGCAGGAGAAGAGGGAGAUGAAGGAGGGAGAGGAUAGGAAGGUACAGGAGAAGAGAGAGAUGCAGGAGGAGAAGGAGGGAGAGGAGAGGAAGGAGAAGAUGGAGGUGCAGGAGGAGAGGGAGGUGCAUGAGUGGAAGGCGAUGGAGAAGCAGCUUCAGGAGUUGAGGAAGGAGCUGAGGUCCAGGGACAGAGAACUGACGGAGAGUAGAGAAAAGAGCAGACAAUUGGAGGAGGAGAACACUAACAGACUGACUGGGGCCUGUCCCCAGACCCAGCAGCUCCUCCACCCGGCUGUGUUGGUGGCCCAGCUGCAGCGGAGCCAGGGGGAAGUGCUACGGCUGCAGACGGAGGUUGUGGAGCUGAGAGCCCGGCUGCAGCUGGGAGCAGAGCUGCAGAUAAGGAGUCAGGUGGAGGGGCUCAACAGACAGCAGGUAGAGGAGCUGCUGCUGGCCCAGGAGAGGGAGGAGGCUCUGGGGCAGGAGCAGCGCCGCAAGGCUCAGGCUUCACAAGGCCUAGUCCUGGAGCUGGCCUCCGCCAGGGAGGAACUCCACAGCCUGAAGACACGGUACGAGGGUCUGGCCCUGGAGCAUGGAGACAUCCGGGAGGCCCUGGACCACGCCAACAGAGAGACAGCAGAGCUUGGGGUCCACAUAUGCAGGCUCACUGCCCAGAAUGAGGAAGCGCGAGAGCGAUGGGAGGCACUGUCCAACAGGUUUCAGGAGGAGCUGAACACCAGCAUGACCUCCCUGCAGCAGGAAAACCUCGGCCUGCAGGAGCAGCUGCUGAAGGAGCGGGAGGAGAAGGGGAGGCUGGGGAAAGAAGAGCAAGGAAAGGUCAGGGCUCAGGAGGCACAGCAGGAGGAGAUCCAGGCGCUCCGCUAUCAGCUCAGCAACCAGACCAUAAACCACCAGACACAGUUACAGGUUCUGUCUGAAGAGCUGAAGACUGUGAGGUCUGAAGUGGAGGUGGAACAGGAGAAUAAUUUAUACCUGAAGACCAAACUGGAGGAGAUGGAGAGUGAGAAGCAGGACUACCAUCAACCUCUAGAGGACAACACCAGUUGGAUCGCCACAUCACAGAAGCUAAUACAACAGAGAGAGGAGGAGAUGCAACACAACCUCACCAGGAGUGAAGAGAGCCUGGUUGUGUCUCAGAGGUCCUGUGAGGAGCUGAGGGAUGGACUACGGAAAGCCUGUCAGGACAAACAGAGCUAUGAGCUCCGGACCUCAGCUGAACUGGAUGACCUCUACCGCACCAAAAUCAAUCUGGAGGAAAGACUCAUAGAACUCAUCAGGGAGAAGGAUGCCUUGUGGCAGAAGUCUGAUGCUCUGGAGUUUGAGCAGAAGUUGAGAGCGGAGGAGCAGACAAAGAGAGAUACCUGUAGCAAUACCUCUCACUGUCUCUCCUGCAGCAGUCCAUUCAGCUGGUGGCUUCACAGACAUACCUGCAGACUGUGUGGCCAUGGGUUCUGCUACUACUGCUGCAGUAACACAGUCAGCCUGAUGGAGGGGGGCGCCAGAGAGCGCUGCUGCUCAGUCUGCUACAGCCAGCACAGUGCUGUGGUAGAGCGCCAUCCUCAGGAAGACACCUGUACUGCACCACACGCACCCUUCAACCCUCUGCCCCAACCUGACCUGGCUGUGCUAAGGGCAGAUGAUGGUGCAUAUGGCAUCAUAACAGAAGAGGAAGUUAAUUAUGUUUCCAACAGUGACUCUCUCUCCUUCACUGCCUGCUCUCCUCACACCAACCCCCAGGGGGCAGCAGAGCUCAACGGUGGUGCCAGUACAGCAGAAACCACAUCAGAGGACCUACCUGACCAGACUGGAGCUGUUCAGGAUGCAGAGAUCUGUCUGCUGAGGAGUGGAGAACUCACGUUGCGUGUUCCGUUCAGUGUGGAGGAGAUCAGUGUAUUUGGUGAUGGUCUGAGGGAGCUGUUCAUCAGGUCUGGUUGUUACAGCUCCAUCCCCAUUACUGGGUCUACCCUUGGUGCUACCAUACACUGGCUGUUCACCUCACAACCCAAGAGCAUCUCAUUUAGUGUGCUGUACAGAGAGGACACACACACACCUCUGGAGGAGGCUAAGGUACUGAUCCCUCUGACUCGUUGUCAAUCCCACAAAGAGACCAUGACAGGAGAGCUGAUAGUCAGGAACACUGGAGAAUACACACUCAUCUUUGACAACUCCUUCUCCAGGUUCAUCUCUAAGAAGGUGUUGUAUCAUCUGAGUGUUGAGCAGCCAGUGGUCUACGAUGGAACACAUUGACUGUCUGGAGAGGAGAAGAGCGUUCUGGUCCUUUAUCUGCAGUCUCUCUGUUCUCUUUAGAUGAGAGGGUGUUGUUGUUAUAUAAGAGGGAGGUUUGGUUGUGUUGUUAAAGUAGAGUGCCUGUGUGUCAGUCAUGGUUCUACAACUGGUCUGUGUAUCUGUAGGUUAAAUGAACUGUGCCUUCAGUUGAAUGGACCCAGACAGACUGGAGAGUUGAAUGGACCCGGACAGACUGGAGAGUUGAAUGGACCCGGACAGACUGGAGAGUUGAAUGGACCCGGACAGACUGGAGAGUUGAAUGGACCCGGACAGACUGGAGAGUUGAAUGGACCCGGACAGACUGGAGAGUUGAAUGGACCCGGACAGACUGGAGAGUUGAAUGGACCCGGACAGACUGGAGAGUUGAAUGGACCCGGACAGACUGGAGAGUUGAAUGGACCCGGACAGACUGGAGAGUUGAAUGGACCCGGACAGACUGGAGAGUUGAAUGGACCCGGACAGACUGGAGAGUUGAAUGGACCCGGACAGACUGGAGAGUUGAAUGGACCCGGACAGACUGGAGAGUUGAAUGGACCCGGACAGACUGGAGAGUUGAAUGGACCCGGACAGACUGGAGAGUUGAAUGGACCCGGACAGACUGGAGAGUUGAAUGGACCCGGACAGACUGGAGAGUUGAAUGGACCCGGACAGACUGGAGAGUUGAAUGGACCCGGACAGACUGGAGAGUUGAAUGGACCCGGACAGACUGGAGAGUUGAAUGGACCCGGACAGACUGGAGAGUUGAAUGGACCCGGACAGACUGGAGAGUUGAAUGGACCCGGACAGACUGGAGAGUUGAAUGGACCCGGACAGACUGGAGAGUUGAAUGGACCCGGACAGACUGGAGAGUUGAAUGGACCCAGACAGACUGGAGAGUUAUCAGGAGGUCUGGUCUGGUUUAGAAAAUAGUAGUCAGAGAAAGGUCAUAUGAAAACACUUGUAUGUUAUUGAUCAAAUUAAAGCAUGUUAAAUGUUUAAAUGUUUCUCUUAGCUGCUAUAUCAAUAGGUUUACCUGUACCAAACACCAACACUGGUCAGGACUGGUCUGAACUGGUCUGGUUUUGUUCAAUAGUACCCAGAGAAAGGUCAUGAAGUGGAAACACUCAGUAUGUAAGGAUAUGUAAAGCUUGGCUGUAACACUGCAUAAUAUAAAGCUGUAACACUGCAUAGUGUAAAGCUGUAACACUGCAUAAUAUAAGGCUGUAACACUGCAUAAUGUAAAGCUGUAACACUGCAUAGUGUAAAGCUGUAACACUGCAUAAUAUAAGGCUGUAACACUGCAUAGUGUAAAGCUGUAACACUGCAUAAUAUAAGGCUGUAACACUGCAUAAUGUAAAGCUGUAACACUGCAUAGUGUAAAGCUGUAACACUGCAUAAUGUAAAGCUGUAACACUGCAUAAUAUAAGGCUGUAACACUGCAUAGUGUAAAGCUGUAACACUGCAUAAUAUAAGGCUGUAACACUGCAUAAUAUAAAGCUGUAACACUGCAUAAUAUAAGGCUGUAACACUGCAUAGUGUAAAGCUGUAACACUGCAUAAUAUAAGGCUGUAACACUGCAUAGUGUAAAGCUGUAACACUGCAUAAUAUAAGGCUGUAACACUGCAUAGUGUAAAGCUGUAACACUGCAUAAUAUAAGGCUGUAACACUG